CGUCGUGGCGCACACCUCACUGCUUCUAGUCGAUCAGGGAAGCAUCGCAUCGCGAUUGGCCGACGUUCGCGUGUCAAUGCACUUAUGAUGCCGUUGUCGCAAGUCACGUCGUUCUAGACGCUCGUGCUGUGGAGGCGUUUGUUUUUCGGAGGGGAAUCCCCCAUAUCACAGCCAUGGAGAAGAGUAGAUGGUACGACCGUUUGUUCGGGAAGCGCUUGAUCAAAUGCAGUUCCAGCAGCAAUACAGAAGACUUCGACCUGGUACCAACAGCCGAAGUACUUCAGGAGGCUAGCUACACUGGCAUUUAUUUCUCCUUUGCAAACAUCAACAGACAGAAUGACGAAUUUGUGGCAAAGUUGAGAGAUCUCUACGAUCGUUUGAAAGGGGAGAGAGAUGGAGACAGUGGAAAGAAGUUGGAAGUAGUGCAAGUUGUGAUGUGGGCACAUAAUGACAACUAUGGUGAUUUUGAAGGCAGUCACAGGGAAAGCCUUGUGGGGUUGCCUUGGUUUGCCAUGCCCUUUAGUGAGAUUGAGUUGAAGACCAGAUUGUCAAAAAGGUAUCGGAUAAAAUCUGGAGUACCAACACUUGUGCUGUUAGGCAGAGAAGGCACCACAGUGAGCAUAUCAGCCCACGAGAAGCUACUGGAGGAUCCCUCUGGGACUUACUUCCCUUGGCGACCCAGACCGGUCGAUAAAGUGUUGAAAGACGUCAUCCUUCAACCAGGAGGUGCAUUCUACUCCCAGCAUAAAAACUUUGGCAAAGACAUAAGAUACAGCGAUAUUCCAGACGGCAUAAGGGGCUUUUACUUCUCCGCGAAUUGGUGCCCUCCUUGCAGAGCAUUCACACCUCAAUUAACAGAAGUGUACCGGUUGAUUAGAGGUAACGAACCGAACUUCGAGAUCAUCUUCGUCAGCAGUGAUCGGAGAUGCAGAAAACGAGAAAGGAAGAUGGGAACAUUGAGAACUGACACAAUAAGCUUGAUUAUAAAAAUUUUAACAAUUUUUCGGUGCAUAUAAUAUAGGAACAUG